UCGAAAACAAGCCGGACGGUGUUGUAUUCGAAUUUAUAAAAUACGGCUUUUUCUCGUGAAAAAACUGCACAAAACCUACUGAAAUCGACGAAAAAGGAUGGCUGAUGCCGCAGCACGUCAGCUGCAGUACGAGUACAAAGCGAACUCAAAUCUUGUCCUGCAAGCUGAUGUUCGUUUGAUCGAGCGCCCCAGAAGAGAUGAAGCCACCGGAGAAGUGCUGUCCCUGGUUGGGAAACUGGAGGGUACCCGAAUGGGUGACCGUGCCCAGCGGACCAAACCGGAGAAAACGGAAGAGCGGAAGGCGAAGCGUCAAAAACGAGACGAAGCCCAGUAUGAUUUUAACAGCAUGAAAGGAGCUACGUUGCUUUCGGAAGGAAUCGAUGAGAUGGUCGGGAUUGUGUAUCGACCUAAGACCCAAGAAACUCGUCAAACCUACGAAGUGCUGUUGAGUUUCAUUCAGGAAGCCAUCGGUGAUCAACCGAGGGAUAUUUUGUGCGGAGCAGCGGAUGAGAUUUUGGCGGUUAUGAAAAAUGACAAAAUGAAAGAUCGUGAACGGAAACGGGAGAUCGAUGGGUUGCUGGGAACGGUGACGGAUGAGCGGUUCGCUUUGUUGGUCAAUCUCGGCAAAAAAAUUACCGAUUUUGGUUCGGAUGCGGCCAGCGCAAUGGGUGUCACGGCUGAGGAACAGAUUGACGACACGUACGGGAUUAACGUGCAGUUCGAGGAAUCCGAGGAGGAAAGUGACGAAGACAAGUAUGGGGAAAUUCGGGACGAUGAUGCACAGGACGAAGGCGAGGAAGCUCGCGAUGAUGGAAUGUUGCACGCGGAAAAUCUCGGUGGUAACGAGGAGGGUAAAAAGGAGAAAGCCCUGGAUCCGCGUGAUAUCGACGCCCAUUGGUUGCAGCGUUGUCUGCGCAAGUACUACAAUGAUUCCAUGUUGUCGCAGGCCAAAGCCGGUGAAGUGUUGGGAGUUUUGAAGGAUGCCGGCGAUGAUCGCGAGUGUGAGAAUCAGUUGGUUCUGCUGCUCGGGUACGAUUGUUUCGAUUUUAUCAAACUGUUGAAGAAAAAUCGACAGAUGGUUUUGUACUGCACGAUGUUGGCUUCGUCGCAGAGUGAAAGUGAACGGAUUAAGAUCAGGGAGAAGAUGAAGACGGAUGGUUAUCUGGCGAAGAUUCUGCGUCAGCUGGAUACCGGUAAACAGGAGAUGGAUGACUACGAGAGUGAGAAGGCUAAGAUGCAGCGUAGACGGAAGGAACAGGAUGAUGAUAAUAUGGAAGGGAUUGGAGGGCAAAUUCCUGGCAAUCGAAAUUUGUUGGAGUUGGAUGAAUUGGCAUUUACGCAGGGUUCUCAUCUGAUGGCAAACAAGCGCUGUCAGUUGCCGGAUGGAAGUUUCCGAAAGCAACGGAAGGGUUACGAGGAAGUUCACGUACCGGCUUUGAAGCCGAAGGCAUUUGAAGAAAACGAAGAGUUGCUGGUGAUUGAAAAGUUGCCGAAGUAUGUGCAGCCCGUUUUUUCUGGGUUUAAGACACUUAAUCGGAUCCAGAGCCGACUGUACAAGACGGCGUUGGAAAGUGAUGAAAAUUUGUUGCUGUGCGCUCCGACUGGUGCCGGUAAGACGAAUGUGGCUUUGCUGACGAUGAUGCGCGAGAUUGGAAAGCACAUCAACGACGACGGUACGAUCAACGUGGAAGAGUUUAAAAUUAUUUACAUUGCUCCAAUGCGUUCGUUGGUACAGGAAAUGGUGGGUAACUUUGGGAAGCGUUUGUCUACGUACAAUUUGACGGUGUCCGAAUUGACUGGCGACCAUCAGCUCAGUCGGGAACAGAUUGCAGCUACGCAAGUGAUUGUCUGCACGCCGGAAAAGUGGGAUAUCAUCACCCGAAAGGGAGGUGAAAAAACCUACACUCAGCUGGUGCGAUUGGUGAUCAUCGACGAAAUUCAUCUGCUGCAUGAUGAGCGUGGUCCAGUCCUGGAAUCGUUGGUUGCCCGUACGAUUCGAAACAUUGAAACGACUCAGGAAGACGUUCGACUGGUUGGACUGUCGGCUACUCUUCCGAAUUAUCAAGAUGUGGCAACAUUUUUGCGAGUUCGCCCUGAGACGGGAUUGUUCUACUUCGACAACAGUUAUAGGCCGGUGGCUUUGGAACAGCAGUACAUUGGUGUCACGGAGAAAAAGGCCCUCAAACGGUUCCAGGUGAUGAACGACAUUGUCUACGAGAAGGUGAUGGAACACGCGGGCAAGAACCAAGUGUUGGUGUUUGUUCAUUCUCGGAAGGAAACGGGCAAAACUGCCCGUGCCAUUAGGGACAUGUGUCUGGAGAAGGACACCCUUGGAAAUUUCCUACGCGAAGGCUCGGCCAGUAUGGAAGUCCUGCGUUCCGAAGCCGAACAGGUGAAGAAUGCAGAGUUGAAAGAUUUGCUUCCGUACGGAUUUGCAAUCCAUCAUGCGGGAAUGACUCGCGUGGACCGAACCCUGGUAGAGGAUCUCUUCGCGGAUCGUCACAUUCAAGUGUUGGUUUCUACGGCUACUCUGGCGUGGGGUGUGAAUCUUCCGGCACACACCGUUAUCAUUAAAGGAACGCAAGUUUAUAAUCCCGAGAAAGGCCGUUGGGUUGAGCUGGGAGCGUUGGACGUCCUGCAAAUGUUGGGUCGUGCCGGUCGACCUCAGUACGAUACCAAAGGUGAAGGAAUCUUAAUCACCAACCACAGCGAACUUCAAUUUUACCUGUCCCUUUUGAACCAACAACUACCGAUUGAAUCGCAGCUUAUUUCCAAAAUGCCCGAUAUGUUAAACGCCGAGAUUGUCCUGGGAACGAUUCAAAAUGUCAAAGAUGCCGUCACCUGGCUCGGAUAUACCUAUCUGUACAUACGGAUGUUGCGUCAACCGACGCUGUACGGUGUUUCGUACGAUGCCAUCAAGGAGGACCCUUUGCUCGAACACUUCCGGGCGGAUUUGGUUCAUACGGCCGCUCUUCAUCUGGAGAAAAGUGGUUUGAUUAAGUACGACCGUAAAAGUGGACACUUCCAAGUGACGGAAAUCGGAAGAAUCGCUAGCCAUUACUACUGCACCCACGAAACCAUGCUGACCUACAAUCAACUGUUGAAACCGACCCUCAGCGAGAUCGAGCUGUUCCGAGUGUUUUCCCUAUCCGGCGAAUUCCGGAAUAUUACGGUUCGCGAAGAGGAAAAACUCGAACUGCAAAAGCUCAUGGAACGCGUUCCCAUUCCGAUCAAGGAAAGCAUGGAAGAAGCCAGUGCCAAAGUGAACGUUCUGCUGCAGGCUUACAUUUCGCAACUGAAACUGGAAGGCUUUGCGCUGAUGGCCGAUAUGGUUUACGUUACGCAGUCCGCAUCCCGAUUGUUGCGGGCGAUCUUCGAAAUUGUUCUGCACCGAGAAUGGGCUCAGCUGGCGGAUAAAUGUUUGACACUGUGCAAAAUGAUUGACCGUCGGAUGUGGCAGAGUAUGUCUCCGCUGCGGCAGUUCCGUAAAAUGCCGGAGGAAGUCGUUAAGAAGAUCGAAAAGAAAAACUUCCCCUGGGAACGGCUGUACGAUUUGGAGGCCAACGAAAUCGGAGAACUAAUUCGGGUGCCGAAGCUGGGCAAAACCAUCUACAAGUACGUUCAUCAAUUCCCCAAACUCGAGCUGUCCACGCACAUCCAACCGAUUACGAGAUCGACCCUUCGGGUGGAACUUACGAUCACUCCGGAUUUCCAGUGGGAUGAGAAAAUUCACGGUCAAUCGGAAGCAUUCUGGAUUUUGGUUGAGGACGUCGAUUCCGAAGUGAUCCUCCAUCACGAAUACUUCCUCCUGAAGGCAAAGUACUGUCAAGACGAUCAUCUGGUGAAAUUUUUCGUACCCGUCUUUGAACCUCUGCCGCCACAAUAUUUCCUGAGAAUCGUUUCCGAUCGUUGGAUCGGUUCGGAAACGCAACUGCCGGUGUCAUUCCGUCAUUUGAUUUUACCGGAGAAAAAUCUACCCCCGACCGAACUGCUCGAUUUGCAGGCACUGCCGAUCAGUGCCUUCCGGGAGCCAAGAUUCGAGCAGCUGUAUCGUUUUCCGCAGUUCAACCCGAUCCAAACGCAGGUAUUCAACGCGGUCUACAACAGUGAGGAUAACGUUUUUGUCGGUGCACCGACCGGAUCGGGCAAAACGACGAUCGCCGAGUUUGCCGUUCUGCGAAUGUUGAAGCAAAAUCCUCACGGUAGGGUUGUGUACUUGGUUUCGCGAGAUUCCCUUGCGGAACUGAUAUUCAUGGAUUGGCAUCAGAAGUUUGGUCAACAGUUGGAAAAGGAAAACCUUGGUUGCAAAGUCGUCAAGCUGACAGGUGAAACCGGAACGGACUUGAAACUCAUCGCCAAGGGUCAGAUAAUUGUGACCACUGCCGACAAGUGGGACAUUCUGUCGCGUCGUUGGAAACAAAGAAAGAACGUUCAAAACAUUCAGCUGUUCAUCGUGGAUGAGCUGCAACUGAUCGGAGGUGAAGAAGGUCCUGUGCUGGAGGUCGUUUGCUCUCGGAUGCGCUACAUUUCCUCACAGAUCGAGAAACAGAUUCGUAUUAUUGCUCUGUCCGCAUCGUUGUCCGAUGCACGAGAUGUUGCCCAGUGGCUUGGAUGUAAUGCGAAUGCCACUUUCAAUUUCCAUCCAAGUGUUCGCCCGAUUCCAUUGGAACUGCACGUUCAAGGAUUCAACAUAACCCACAACGCGUCGAGAAUAGCGGCCAUGUCUAAGUCUGUCUACAAUGCGGUCACCAAAUUCAGUCCACACAAACCGGUUAUUGUGUUUGUAUCUUCAAGAAAGCUGGCUCGUUUGACGGCGAUCGAUAUCCUAACGUACUGCGCUGCGGAAGCUCAGCCGAACCGUUUCUUCCACGCCGAAGAAGAGGACAUCAAACCGUUCUUGGAUCGAAUGUCCGAUAAAACUUUGAAGGAAACACUUUCCCAAGGUGUUGCGUAUAUUCACGAAGGGUUGACGGCAUCGGAUCAUCGAAUUGUGGAACAAUUGUUCGAUUCUGGUGCCGUACAGAUCGCUGUCGUUACCCGGGACCUUUGUUGGGGGUUGAACAUUACCGCGUAUUUGGUGAUAAUAAUGGACACGCAGUUCUACAAUGGUAAAAGCCAUUCCUACGAUGAUUACCCGAUAACGGAUGUUAUGCAAAUGGUAGGACGUGCGAACCGUCCAUUGGAAGAUGACGAUGCCAAGUGCGUUCUGAUGUGUCAAUCUUCCAAGAAGGACUUUUUCAAAAAGUUCCUCAACGAAAGCCUACCAGUGGAAAGUCAUUUAGAUCAUCGACUGCACGAUCAUUUUAAUGCUGAGAUUGUCACCAAAACCAUUGAAAACAAACAGGACGCCGUUGAUUAUCUGACGUGGACUUUCCUCUACCGACGGUUGACCCAAAAUCCCAACUACUACAAUCUGCAAGGGGUAACCCAUCGCCAUCUGUCCGAUCAUCUCUCGGAACUGGUGGAGACCACUUUGUCCGAUUUGGAACAAUCGAAGUGCAUCAGCGUGGAGGAUGAAAUGGACACUCUGCCGUUGAAUCUGGGAAUGAUCGCGGCCUAUUACUACAUCAACUAUACUACGAUUGAGCUGUUUAGUUUGUCGCUGAACAGCAAAACCAAAAUUCGCGGCCUGCUGGAGAUUAUUUCGUCCGCUGCCGAGUACGAGGAUGUGGUCGUUCGGCAUCACGAAGACAACAUACUGAAAAGUUUGGCCACACGAUUGCCCAACAAACUGACCGGACCGAACGGAGUGGCACCGAAAUACAACGAUCCACACAUCAAAACCAACCUUCUGCUGCAGGCCCAUCUGUCCCGGCUGCAACUCGGAGCCGAACUGCAGGGUGAUACCGAGCAGAUUCUGGGCAAGGCAAUUCGCCUCAUCCAGGCCUGUGUGGACGUGCUCAGCUCGAACGGUUGGCUUUCGCCGGCCGUCGCUGCCAUGGAACUGGCCCAGAUGGUUACGCAAGCUAUGUGGAGUAAGGACUCCUAUCUCAAGCAGCUGCCCCACUUCAGUGCCGACAUCGUGAAGCGCUGUCAGGAUAAGAAAAUAGAAACCGUAUUCGACAUCAUGGAACUGGACGAUGACGACCGAAUUCGACUGCUGCAACUGAACGAUCAGCAAAUGUCCGAUGUGGCACGAUUCUGCAAUCGCUAUCCGAAUAUUGAAAUGACCUUCGAAGUCGUCGAUAAGGACCGGCUUCACUCGGGCUCUUCCGUCAAUGUGGUGGUCAAUCUGGAGCGCGAAGACGACGUUACGGGUCCAGUGAUUGCACCAUUUUUCCCGCAGAAACGCGAGGAAGGUUGGUGGGUGGUUAUCGGUGAUCCCAAAACAAACUCGCUACUGUCCAUCAAACGGUUGACACUGCAGCAGAAGGCCAAGGUCAAGCUGGACUUCGUAGCACCUUCGCCGGGUCAUCACGAGUACACCCUCUACUACAUGAGCGACUCAUAUCUGGGCUGCGAUCAGGAGUAUGAGUUUAGCAUCAACGUGGGCGAUUUCCAGUCGGAGAGCGAAAGCGAAUCCGACUAGAAACAGCGUGACAUCCGAAAUGAUACACUCCGGAUGUUGGUGACCGACCUGUUGUUUAUUUUAGCCAUAAGCAAUUAUCCGGUACCAACGCUGAACAAAGAAAUAAACUCAAUUGGAAUGGAAAACUACCGCUUCCGGUCCAGAAAA